AACAGCAAUUUUACAAGUCAAAGGCCAGUUUCGCACACUGUCACUCGUGUUGUUUUCAGAUACUUUUGUUUGUUUGUUUAUUUCUUAGUUGUUCAAAGUGUUUUUCAUGUGUUCAUAUUUCAGCAGUGCUUUCUGGUGCCUUUGGCAUCGUGGUUGAAGAGUGUCCUUUAAUGAGGCAGUAGUCUACUGAGCAUCUGAUCUGUGAGAAUCUUUCCACCAGCUCUAGGGGAGCUGUAUACACAGGAACAUUAAUGCAUGAGGAGAAACCAUUCAAGGAGUUUGUUGUUGAACAACUUCCUUCUCUGGACCUCUCUCUCAGGUCUCGUGAGCUGACGCACAGCCAUGAUGAAAUCGGGCACCACGAAGAUGGGGCUGCCCAAGCCGGGACUCCAGGAGCGGACCAAGCAAGCCUCCUUGGCCCCAUCUUCCUCCGCCACCACCUCCACAGCCAUGAAGACCUCCAGAUCCUCCAACAUGCUGGCCUCAGACCAGCGCAACAGCAGGCUGAAAAGAGCCAGCAGCGAUGAUGCCUUGACAAAGCCUACCCUGGGAGCCGCCGCCUCUGGCUCCCGGAUGAGAAAGACGAUGACCACUGGAGCCAUCUCAGAUCUCACGGAGGCCCGCCCUCGCACCCUGUCUGGUGCACAAGCAGCCAAGAAGUCUGCUAUCCCAGCUCCUAGAGAGAUCCCUUCUUCCAUAACAAGAGACCGCAUCUCUCUGAGGGACCAGCUUAGGAGCUCUACCACUAAGAGGAUGGUUUCUAGUGCUAGCACUUCCAGCCUCUCCACCCUGGCAAAGCAGACACGCGGUUCAACUAAAUCCCGUGGAGAUGCAGAGGGCCAGGAAAGGGGCCUAUUGGAGUGCCAGGUGAAAGAGCUGCUGGCUGAGGCCAAGACCAAAGACUUGGAGAUUAGCAAUCUCCGGAUGGAGUUGCAGUGUUGCAAAAGUAAAGCCUCCACUGCUUCCUCACCCAACUCUGUGUCAUGGGAAGAGCCUGCAGCAGAUCAAGAGCAGGGACAGGUGGCAGAGGCCCUUGUGCUGGUUGGGGAGCUGAGGGCGAAGAACGGGAAGUUUCAGAGAGAGCUGGCCGCGCUGAGGGAGGAGAACCAGGCACUGAAGGAGAAGCUGCUUUGCGUAGAGGCCUCUCCUCUCUCUAGUACCAACUCAAGCACCCCCUCCAAGCCUCUGGUUAAUGGCCUGCCCUCAGACUCCAACUCCUUAAGUCCGCAACAGGACAGUCUGUCCUGUACUGCCAGUCCUCUCAAAACGUCCGUCUCUUCCUUUUCUGACAUCACCAAGGACUCACCAUCACCCGACUCAUCCGAGUUUGAGAAGAUCCCGUCUUGUUCAGAAUCAGUGAGCAGUGGUGACAGUGGGGAAGUCGAUAUAGUCGAGUCAUUAACCAAUGCCGGAGGGCAGGACGUGUCAGUGCAAAGCCUGAGAGAACAGAUUCACAAGAUGGAGGAAAGCCACCACAGCACGGCUGAGGAGCUGCAGGCAACUCUGCAGGAGCUGGCAGACCAGCAGCAGGUGGUGCAGGAGCUGACCGCUGAGAACGAGCGUCUGGCCGAGGAGAAGCGCCUCCUGCAGACCUCACUUCAACAGCAGAGAGAGCGCCUGGAGAUGCUGGCCCAGAAGAACGAGACGCUCGCUGGUCGACUCAAGGAGCAAGCCCAAGCUCAGGCCCAGAGGGAGGAGGAGCUGGGUAGCCAAGGGCCUCGGCUGGCCGAGCUGGAGCAGAGGUAUGCCCAGCUGGUUGAGAGCUCGCGCUUCGAACGGGAGAAGCUGGUGGACAUCCAGCGGCAGCUGACAGGCAGCCUUCGGGCUCUGGAGGAGGAGAACCAGGAGGACCAGAGCCAGGUGUGCUGCCUCAGAGAGGAGAUGGGGAGGCUGCAGGCCCAGCUGGACAGAGAGCUCGACGCCGGAGUUCAGGCAGCACAGGCCACAGAGGAGCAGAGAGCGGCAGCAGACGGUCUGCGACUGGACAACAGUCGGCUUAAAGCGCAGGUGGACAUUGAGAGGCAAAAGGUUGGUGAGUUGAAGGCCAUGCAGAGUGCCGGUGACGGCACUGAGGCGCAGAACUUGCUGAAAACAGCCCACGCUGAGAGAGACAGGCUGGAGGUGGAGCUGGCGGAGCUGAGGCAGGAGCUGCUGCAGGCCCAGGCCCAGACUGAGCAUGUGCGAUCCACAAUGACCAAGGUGGAGGCCAAAUGCCAGCAGGUUCAGGAGCGGGCUGAGAUGAGGGAGCAGGAUCUCAGUAGCCGGGUGACUUCGCUGGAGGAUGCCGGGAUCCAUACCGAGAGCCAGGUGAAGGAACUGAAGGAGACCAUCUUUGAGCUGGAGGACCAGGUGGAGCAGCAGAGGGCAGUCAACUGCCACACCAACCAAGCCGUGCUGGAUAUGGAGAAUCUUGUUAAAAAGCUGGAGGAGCAGAAAGCUGAAGCAGACCGACAACUGAAACUUUUGAGUAGACGGAUUAAAGACGAAAAAGAAGAGUGGCGUCGGUUCCAGGCGGACCUUCAGACGGCAGUGGUGGUGGCAAAUGACAUCAAGGUGGAGGCUCAGCAGGAGCUGCGGACACUCAGGAGGCAGCUGCAGGAGGAACAGGAUCGCAGCGCAAAGCUCUCGACAGACCUCGAAGCCCUGCAGGGUGUCAGGUCCCACGGUGACGAGGUGAGGGGGUCCGACUCCGACAUCAACCGUCACUGGUCCGGCAUCUCCAUGAUCCCGACCACACCCUCCGACGCAGGUGGAGAUGCCGACUCAGAGCCUGAAGCUACUGUCAAAACCCUCAUUAAGUCCUUUGAUACUGUUGGACAGAAUGGAGCAGGCCACACAGUUCAAAUGCAUUCCUCUCCAAGAACCCCGCUGAGUGGGAUCCCUGUACGCUCUGCACCUGCUGCUGCUGUCUCCCCCGUCCAGAGACACACGUACAUAAAGCCACUGUCAAAGACACUAGAAAAAAGAAUCAACCACGGAGAAUUCUCUCAUCAUCAUGAGAAGUUGUCGGGCUGCGGGGAAGACCUGAAACCUAACAGCCUGAUGAGGAAGAGCCCUUCUCUGGAGUCUGUCAUCAAGCCCCCCGCCUCCCUCAGCAAACGCACAGCAUCCUUUAGCUACAACCGAGGCAACAGCAAACUCAGUGUGGAAAGAAAGGACCCCUUGGCUGCACUGGCGCGGGAGUACGGAGGAUCGAAGAGAAACGCUCUACUCAAGUGGUGCCAGAAGAAAACAGAAGGCUAUCCGAAUAUUGACGUGACCAACUUCAGCAGCAGUUGGAGUGACGGCUUGGCUUUCUGCGCCCUCCUUCACACAUAUCUGCCUGCCCACAUCCCCUACCAUGAACUCAUCAGUCAAGAUAAGGACCGGAAUCUGACCCUGGCUUUCCAGGCCGCCGGGAGCAUCGGGAUCAAACCCUCUCUGAACCGUCGGCCACAGCCCAGAGAGGAGCCGAUGGUUCUCCCGUCAGGAGGUUGGGACAUCAUGGGAGUGACUGGACUGAAGUUCCUGUGUGACUGGGGGAGCUCGACAUGGAGUCAUGUGAAAGCCUGUCUGACUAAUCUCCAUCAGCCCAGUGGCCAAGUUCUUCUCUCACAGUGGCUGAAGCACAUUUUCUGAAACCCACAGCAUUUUAUACUGAGCGUUCAUUUGUCUGAGUGAACGCAUCGGUCUGACAGAAGACACUGGAAUGAUGUUUCUGUAUGUGACGUCUCAUUGAGACUCACUUAACCCUUGUGUUGCCUUCGGGUCAAUUUGACCCGAUUCAAUGUUUAACCCUCCUGUUACCUUUAUAUUUACUAACAUAUUUUACCCUUGAGGUCAAUAUGACCCCAGCUAUUAAAAUCUCCAGAAAAUUAUUAGAAUUAAUAUUGUUUUCCAAGUUUAAGUGUGAGGUACUUUAUGUUUGUUUGUUGACUCCCGAAAGAACACCGACAUUAAACAUUGAAUCGGGUCAAAUUGACCCGAAGGCGACAGGAGGGUUAAAUAUUGAAUCGGGUCAAAAUGACCCGAAGGCAACACAAGGGUUAAAGGAAGCCCAUUAAAAACAACGACCGCAACAAACACCAGUUUGUUUUCACAGGUUUCUCAUUGUCAAGGCUCAGCGAGUACUUUAUAUGGAAAAGGAAUGGAGAACACCAAAUAAAAUAAAAAAUGAAAGUACACAAGCAUGUGAAUAAGAAACCACUAUUAACUGAAAAACAAAUGUACAUCCCCUUCAACAUCUUGUUGGCCACCUGUCUUAUGUUUCCUUGAUGAGUUCCUCCAUCAACAGUGAAGAAUGCAGAAGUGUUGGUGGUCCCUGGGUCCGGUCUGUGAGCUGCUGCACGGUCUACGUUCUCUUGCUCAAAGCUGAUUGGACUAAAGGGGGUGCGGUGCGGUCGUAUUAAAAACCUUUUAACAUUCAUUUGUGUGGCAUUUGGGGGACUCUCUCCACAGGAGUGACUUCACGAUGACGCUGCUCACAUCAGAUGUUCACAGGGAAAAGAAACUCCGAUCAGAAGAUCGUCUCAGAUCUCUUGGAUUGUAACCCUCACACCUCUGUCUGUGCUCGACAGGACAUAGAGGAGCUGAUGAAGACGGACAGGCCGGACUGGCAGAGCGUCAUGCAGUACGUCUCUCACAUCUACAAGUACUUUGAGAC